GAAUACGUUUUUGCCUCUGGUCCAUCGACACAGUGUCUCAAAAACUAGGACAGAUUUCCUUGACAUUUGGUGGAUUAGAUUCAUUUACUUAUUAGAUUUUGCUGCUAAACUGAGUUUGGGAUUGUAUAAUGAAUGCUGAUUUAGUCACAUGGAGAGACAGAGACUUUAUUAUAAAUCCCAGCCCUUUGUUUGAAACAAUAAAUAAAGUCAUUCCUAUUGGUGCUGGUCCCAUUAAAACAUGUCCCAACAUUAGAAGCAGAUCAUGAUGUCUCUAAACAUGUGAAACAGACCAGCCUCCACCUCUCUCCUCUCUCCUCUCUCUUGCGAUCACGUUGCAGAAAUCAAACUGGGAAUCAGCAGUCACAAUGGUCACUUUUCACUCAAGUCUCUUUGGAAUGCAAUCAAAUCCCUCCGUCCUCUUAAAACCAGCUCUUACCUAAAGUGUGUACUCAAAAUUACAUCAUCCAUAAUGUGCACUGGCCCUGCCUCUCAUCACGGGAGCCCCUCCACCAUUGGACCAACAGCACCCUCGCCAUCACUUCCUCCCACCCUCUGCCCACUUUUAUGUUGAUUGAAAAGAAAAAAAAACUUGGAUGUAAUCUGGUGUGACGCCACUAAUCCCAACGCUACAAAUCAUAGGUCCCCGUCCACCUCGCUCCACACCGACGACUCCCCGCCAGCAACUUCACAUCUGCCUCAGACAGUACGAAGCUGAUAUAAAGAGCAGAAGACAUGGCUGUGGUUAGUGGAACUUACCGUAUGGUGUCGGAGGAGGAGCAGGCUCUCAGGGCCAAGCUGGAACGUCUCACCGUCAAGGACCAUGGACCGGUGUUUGGACCCUGCGACAGCCUGCCGGACCACACCAAGCAGAAGGCCAAGGAUGAGCUGAACGAGACAGAUGAAAAGCGGGUGUCGGCGGUAAAGGAGCUGCGAGGAACCAUCAAGGAGAAGGCCGAGGUGGGUGACGACCUGGCCAAGGGCGUGCAGGACACGUUUGGGGAGAAACCCGACAGUUUGUUGGUCCGCUUCAUCCGUGCCAGGAAGUACGACGUUCCCAGAGCCUACGACCUGAUGAAGGGCUACGUGCGUUUCAGGAAGGAUUACCCCGAGCUGUUUGAGAAUCUGACCCCUGAGGCCGUACGCAGCACCAUCGAGGCCGGCUACCCCGGCAUCCUGCCCAGCAGAGACAAGUACGGCCGCGUGGUUCUGCUCUUCAACAUCGAGAACUGGGACUACGAGGAGAUCACAUUCGAUGAGAUCCUGCGUGCCUACUGCGUGAUCCUGGAGAAGCUGCUGGAGAACGAGGAGACUCAGAUCAAUGGCUUCUGCAUUAUUGAGAACUUCAAGGGCUUCACCAUGCAGCAGGCGUCAGGAAUCAAACCCACCGAGCUCAAGAAGAUGGUGGACAUGCUGCAGGACUCUUUCCCUGCCCGUUUCAAAGCGGUGCACUUCAUCCACCAGCCCUGGUACUUCACCACCACCUACAAUGUGGUGAAACCCCUGAUGAAGGGCAAGCUGCUAGAGAGAGUGUUCGUCCACGGAGACGAGCUGGAAAACUACUACAAGGAGUUCGACGCCGACAUCCUUCCCUCUGAGUUCGAUGGAAAAGAUUCCAAGUACGAUGGCAAGGCCACGGCCACCAAGCUGUUCGACUAAACCUCCUCCCUCUUCCUUUGAAGAGCCGUUAUAUAUAUAUAUAUCACAAACCCCACAGACUGUGGAGACUCAAAGCCCAAAUCUAGCUGUGUGGUUGUAAUGACAAACAAGUUAUGAAUGAAAGUGUGUGAGAAGUUGAAGUGAUUUUGUUUUCCAGAGCACAGUCCAACAGGAAACCACUCACUCUCACUCAUUAUACCACUCUGCAGUAUUCUGUAUAAACCAUUCAGUUACAGUUCCUCAUUUUUAUCUACCCAUUAUGGGACUGGAGACACUGUUUUAGAUCAUUAAUGACAGACUGCAUGUGCUUUACAGAUUUGCAGUUUUAUAAUGCAUUAACAUUUAAGAUUUUCAACCUUCCAGGCAACCAUUGACCUCACUUCUCAGCAGUAUUGUGUAAAAAUCAACCUUAGUUUAAAGACUGGCUUGAAAUAGACAAUUCAUCACAAUGAACAUGUAGUUGCCUUUAUUUCUUUACCUAUUUUUGCACAGUAAAGCAGUUUUUUGGCAGGCGCUGUUUUGACGCUUCCUUGCCGGUGUGUUCAAAGAAGCUCUGAAAAGACCAAAUUCACAAUAUUCUUUUUGAUGUCCAUUGUUUUACUGAUUCACAAACAGGAGAUCUCAGAGCUCACUGAAAGACACCAACAAGGAAAAGUCUUCAUGCUCUCAACUGCAUAACUGUAACUGAUCAAAUAAUAGCUGCGACCACAUGUCCUCCUCGGUGGUGGAUGGUAUCUUAAGCAGAUUUCAAGGCUUUGCAAGUUGAUUUUCAUACCAAACUCAAAUGAAUAGAAGUCAAUGGCUGUCCUGGAGGCAGUAUUUAAUCUAAAGUGGCAGUGCAAAAGCACCAGUUUGAUUUUUUGAUCAUUCAGAGACAAUAAAGUCUUUUAUUAAAUGUCAUUUCAUAAAGGAAAAAAAAAAGAUUAAAUAUUCAGUUGUAACUGGCUGGGAGAUUUGAGAUUUUCCGUCUGUCACCUGUUUAGUUGUGCUUUGUUUGGACUGUAUUCACCCACAUAGCUUGUUUUAACUCUGGCUGGCUCCAGCUUUCUGAGUUUCCACCAUCUGUUCCCCCCCAACCAUCUCUCCUUGAAGUACAAGGCUGAUAUUCCAACAAGUGCCUGUCUCUCUCAUGUGUUUUUUAGAUUGUUCUUCAAUAUGAAUAUUAUGACAUUUUACCCAUUGUGCUACCUGAUGCACCAAUAAGAAUGUCAAUAAAUGUACAAUAAACUGUAUAUAAAUA